AUGACUUCCUCCAAGACCAGCUCUGACAGCAAUUUCGAUGCGAGUAGCAAGAUCAAGCAUACAUUCGACAACGCCAUACCGUCAGCUUCACAGAGACUGCCCACCGAAAUUCUCGAGAUCAUCUUUCUCCACUGCGACUUCAGAACCAUCUUUUUAAUCCAGAGCGUGAGCGCUAGUUGGCGUAACGCCAUUACAGGAUCGUCCAAAAUCCAGGAGAAGCUCUUUCUGUUCCCAAUUCUCCAGGGCAGGAACCAGAGAUUCCUACGGUGGAUGACCGUCACACCUCCGCCUGAAUCAACCGACCCCAAUUUGAUGACUGCGAACUGCCCGGUUGUCACACACAAAUCGUCGGACACCACACCGCAGCAGUUGAUCGUCCAAAUCAACCCUCUAGCGACCGACGGCGCGAUGCUGAAACUCGAUGCCAAAGUCAAGUUCAUGAUGGACUUCGAGAUGGACCCUAAGUCUUUUCCUCCUCGACCCAGGUGGGAGUUGGCGCAAUAUGCUCAUAACGCAACCACCCGUUAG